AUGGCUACAUUUCACAAAAGGAUUGCUUCGCUAGAAAAAGAGAAAAACUCAAUCGCCGAAGUCCUCAGUGCAUUAAAUGGAACGAUAGAGUCACUCAAUCAAAGAAUCGAGCAAAAUUUCAUUCCUUUGAAAGUACGAGAGCUUUUUCAGAAACACAAUAUUACCGCAGCUGACCAAACGCAGAUAAAUAACGAAAUAAAACAAAUGUACGAAGAAUGUAUCAACUACAUAAACCUUUGGAUAACACCCUUACAAUCCGUAAAAUGCUACGAAUGGAUGUGUUUAAAGAAGGAUCUACAAUUUGAAAAAAUCACAGAUGCUCUAGUGUUUUUGAGGGACAAAGGUAUUCCUGUAGAUGACGCAAAACUAUUUGAAGAGUUCUGCCUGCUUAAGAAUUUUCUGACCACAAAACAGAGCGAUUUUUAUGACGAGCUCGCUGAAAAGCAAUGGUGUAUCUUUUUAAUACAAUUAACGACAGCUCAAGAGUUUCAGAAUUUCUGA